GCUGAAAUCCUAAUGAACCGACCCCACGCGAGAAAUUCAUUGGGAAAAGUAUUUGUAACUGAACUGUUCAGUGCUCUGGAACAGCUCCGCUUUGAUGAGAAGGUUCGUGUGGUGGUGUUCAAGAGUGAGGUGAAAGGUGUGUUUUGUGCUGGUGCAGACUUAAAGGAACGUGCACAGAUGGAUGAUGCAGAAGUUGGGCACUUUGUUAAAAGGCUGAGGAAUCUCAUGGAUGAAAUAGCUGCCCUGCCUGUACCCACAAUUGCUGCAAUAGAUGGCUACGCACUGGGUGGUGGACUAGAACUGGCGUUAGCUUGUGACCUUCGAGUAGCAGCUUCAUCAGCUAAAAUGGGCCUUAUUGAGACCACAAGAGGGCUUCUUCCUGGAGCAGGUGGAACCCAGCGCCUGCCCAGAUGUGUCGGAAUAGGUCUUGCAAAGGAACUUAUUUUCACUGGCAGACAGGUUGAUGGACAACAAGCUGCCUCAAUGGGACUAGUAAAUCAUGCGGUGCCACAAAACAAUGAAGGAGAUGCAGCUUACCAGAGAGCAUUGACUUUGGCUAAAGAAAUCCUUCCUCAGGCUCCAUUUGCUGUGAAAAUGGGAAAACUGGCAAUAAACAGAGGAAUGGAGGUGGACAUUGCAUCAGGGAUGGCUAUCGAGGGGAUGUGUUACGCCCAGAACAUUCCCACAAGAGACCGGCAGGAGGGGAUGGCUGCCUUCAGGGAGAAACGACCACCUCGGUUUAUUGGCAAGUAA